AUGUUCUCCGAAUAUGCAUCCAAGUUCCUCUCCCAGUCGCAGUCCCGCCUGUCGCUCGGCCAGCCAGACUCGACCUCGACUCGCAACACCCCCGAAAGGCAACGUCCCUCAUCGCGCGCUGCUCAGACCUACCUCCAGCGCCGCAACAUGCCCAACCCUUACAACUCGCAGGCCAUGAGCCGCUUCGCUUUUGCCUCCCGAACCUCGAAUGCGCCCGCUCCCCUGUUCUAUUCUGCUACCGAUGAUUUCCGGGAAGAAGACGACCAUGUCGAGCACGACCGGGAAAUGGCAGACCACUAUGCCCUGCAGCGCUCACGGCGGCAGUUUGGUGCAAGCAACUUGUCAGAAUCAUCCGAGGUCGAAGAAGACCUUGUUCAACGAUCAGAUCAUACUAUAGAAGCAGACAGGGGUGACCACGACGCUCCGGCGUAUGGUUUGGGCCGGGGAAUCAAGAGCUCGUGGAUAGGUGACAAGCCUGCGCGUGGAAGGUCUACAACCGCCAAACAAUCACACGACGAAGAGCGAGAAUCCAGUGUUCCCCUGUCUGAAACCACCGAUCGCAGCAGCAGAGGGAGAGGCAAUCUGGUGGAUGUAGAGCUCGAAUCAACAGAUCGAGAAAGCAUGGAAGAGCUGGAUAGGAAUGAGUUAUUAGGUCAUCAGGACGAACCACCACCUUCAUACCAACAGUUCCGAAAUAUGCCAAAGCAAAAACGCGGGCGCAGUCCGCUGCGGAAUACCCUUCCCAUACCCCAGGAGACCGACGAGGAUACCCUGCUUGAGCACCCACGGCCCAUGAGUCCGGAUCGCCAAACCGUUCCCGACGACGUACCGGAAAACCCGACGAUAGCGCCGCGCCACAACUUCUUCUGGGCUGAGCUCUUCAUAAUCGUGCAAUGUGCCAUUCUGGGCACAUGGUUCAUUUCGUUUCUACAAGAGUCGCCACCGAACAAGAAGAACCCGCUUGGCGACACUAUUUACACCGUCUUGCACUCAUCAUUCCACCUGAUUGGUGUCUAUACACUCGUCUCAGUCAUAGUUGGAGUCUUAUGGCUAUCACUACUGCGGUCGUUUGCCCGGCCUUUGGUGAGCCUGAUGCUACUGGCAGUGCCGGUUAUAUCCGUGUCCUUUUUCUUCUAUCCUUUUGUGUCAAGUUUCAAAGGGUACUGGCAUGGCGACAGCAUUCAGGACCGGAUGAUGCGCUGGCUCUCGUUUGGCCCAUUAUUAUUGGCUUGCUCCUGGGUGUAUACCAUUCUCAAGGCGCGCCAUUCACUGGAAAAGGCCACCGGCAUGUUGGAAUUUUCUAGCGAAAUCCUGAGAGCGCAGUUCCCCUUGCUCCUUGUGGGCAUUGCAACACUGGCCGCUGUCAUUCUCUGGUCCUGGAUCUGGAUUCUCAUGUUCACACGUCUGUUUCUUGGGGGUCACUUUGCAGGCAACAAGUCUCGGUGGAUCAUCGAUGCAAGCACAUGGUGGCUUGGUAUUGCGUUCUUUUUGGACUACUUUUGGACCUUGGCCGUCAUUGCAGGUGUGCAGAGGGCGACUACAGCAGCAACAGUUUCUCAGUGGUACUUCCAUCGCAACAGCGUUCCGGCACCUUCUCCUAGGACCGUCGUUCAAGCCUCACUCAGCCACGCGACAUAUACCAUGGCUGGCACGAUUUGUCUGUCAACGCUCAUCUCUCUUGUAGUUCGCCUGCCGCUCAUUGCCCUUCCGAGGAGAAUUUCCGGUUUGAUCAGCAUGUGCGCUUACUCGAUAAUGCCAACUCCGAUUGCUGCCUUGACGAACCCACUCACUCUGACUUUUGCGUCCAUUCAUGGUGUGCCUUUGAAUCAGGCUGCACUGGGUCUUUCGCAAAUGAAUUUUAUUUCUGCGGCAUCCCCGACGACGACCCUCGGCCCAAGAUCGUACAUGGACAAUGGCCGACCAUCAAUACAGUCAUACAGGCUCGCCAAACUCCUCCUCCACGCCAUUCGCUGGGUCAUCACGCUAGCACUCGGCUUUGGUGGCUGGGUCUCGACCGCACACAUGCUUCAACUAGGCAACGGCACGGUGCCUUACAAGGGCAGUCUUUAUGCUUACGUCGUUGGUCUGAUUAGCGCCGCAAUUGGGUGGGGUGCUCUAGGCGCUAUGGAAGGUGUUCUCGGCGGUAUCCUGGAUGCAGUGUUGGUGUGCUGGGGCAGUGAGGUUGGAAGAGACGGCCAAGGAGAGGCCAGGUACUGUGUCGAUGCAGGCCGCCUGUUUGGCAACGAAGUCAUGGGUCGGGGGAGAGCACGAUAUGAGGUUUGAUGUGAAUGUGGGACCGCGUCAUUGGCAAGGAGUUUUUCAGGUCAAUUUGGAUGGCCCCAGUCUCGUUUUGGGUAUACCUUGGCUUCUUCUGCUUCUUCUUUUCUUUUUAUAUUUUCUUUUUUCAUGAGGCUCGUGUUUGGCAUGAAAUGUAGCGCUUGUACCGCGUAGCAGUACUCGAGAGAAGCAUUGCUCUCUAUUAUUUUCUGGGUUUAACAUAUGUAGGCUAGGAGAGAAGGGAUAGAUGUACAGUUCCAAGUUGUUUGUCGUAUCUUCUUUUCGGCGUGGCGUGU